CGAAGCUUCACCUGCAUGCUACGUGAUCCACUUUGACCAUACUGACCUCCUACCAACGUACCUUACUUGCCUACCCUUUCAUUGUCCGAUAUCAUCACAAGUGCGGGCUGUUUCUGUGACUUGAAUCUCCAGAGACGGACUUAUAUUUUGCAGCGCUGUCAAAUAGAAACUCUCCCAAAACAAACUGCCCACAAUGUCAGGCAGUGCAGGAUACGACCGGCACAUCACAAUCUUCUCCGAUCGAGGUCGAUUGUACCAAGUUGAAUAUGCAUUCAAGGCCAUCACAGCCGCCAAUAUCAUGGCCGUAGGCGUCCGCGGCAAGGACUGCGCCGUCGUUCUGUCGCAGAAGAAGGUCCCUGACAAGCUCAUCGACCCGUCUUCAGUCUCGCACAUCUUCCAGAUAUCGCCCAAGGUUGGCUGCGUCAUAACCGGCUCAAUAGCCGAUGCUAGGGCUUUUGCCCAGCGUGCCCAAGGCGAGGCCGCCGAGUUCCGUUACAAGUACGGUUACGAGAUGCCAUGCGACGCCCUGGCCAAGAGACUGGCAAACAUCAGUCAAGUCUAUACACAGAGGGCAUACAUGAGGCCAUACGGCAUCGCCACGACGUUGGUCUCGGUGGACGAGGAGUACGGCCCGCAACUAUUCAAGUGCGACCCAGCCGGCUACUAUACAGGAUACAAGGGCACCGCGGCGGGCCCAAAGCAGCAAGAGGCUCUCAACCACCUGGAGAAGAAGCUCAAGAACAAGGACUAUGCCGAAGGUAACUGGGAGGAGGUAGUGGAGUUGGCCAUCACCACACUCAGUACUGUACUGAGCAUGGACUUCAAGAAGACCGAGAUAGAGAUUGGCAUAGUCGGCGGUCCUCGGCUUGACGGACAAGAGGGCACGAACCCUAACUUCAGGAAGCUGACAGAGGACGAGAUUGAUGAGCGGCUGCAGGCUAUCGCCGAGAAGGACUGAGUGAGUGAGGGGAUGAUAAUGGUUGUACGGAUGGCAGACAAAUCUGGGUUCCCAAAGACGGUGGAUUGCCCACCUCCGCCUCGAUUACGAAGAGACUUGGCGAAUUAUGGCGGAGAUUCACUCUGAAUAUGACGCAGGCUUGUGGUCUAGGCUCUAUCUGGAGCUGACUUCUUGGGAACAAGACUGGAACGUCUAAAAUGGCCAAUGUGUGACUACUAGACCUUCAGGUAUCAGGCUUUAAUAGACGAAACAAAUGACGAUGG